AUUCAGCUAAAAUUUAUGCCCGCACUUUUUUUUUUUCCAGUUACCAUGUUGCGAUUAUGUUUUCUCGCAGUUGCUUGGCUGGUCCAGAUCCCAGUUUUCAUCCACGGUGAAAGAUUAUUCAGUUCACGGCUAACGACAGAAGCUGAAUAUGACAGGAUAGCCGCGGAGUUGCUUUCAUCUCUAAAAGUUGCUCAUUCUCAGCGUACAACGCGAAUGAAAAGAGAAAUUGCAGAAGAAACUAGUAUAUCACUUGUUGAUGACAUAGGUGUUUAUCGCCUUUAUAGUGUUACUCCUGUUUCGGAGCUUUGUUACAUGCCACUUUAUAUCCGAUUUCUGGACAUAGGAAAUUCAACGUAUGCGAUUUGCAUAACUGCAUCGACAAGACAAAGUUCAGCGGAAGUUGCUGUAGGAUUAUACGAGGAGCGAAUAUGGAAACCACUUUAUCGGUGGGAGGUGGGCAGUCCAACUAGUUUAUCAGCAUUUUACUUCAAUGAGCAUCUUUAUGUCCUGGUCGCUGACACUGAUAAUGCUAAAGGGACGGAUCUCAUAAAAAUAAAUCUCGCAAAUGGAGUUAAGACUAAAGAAUACGAAGUUAAUAGCAAAUACGUUACAAGCAUUUCUGUUUGGAGAAUGAAAGUCGAUGGGAAACUUCACAUGGCACUGGCAAACUCCUUUGGACGCAAAGAUGCAGCUGACCUGAGUUCUGAAGUUUACGUUUACGUAUGGAAGGAUACCUACUUCGAUAGAUAUGCAACUUUUCAAGCAUAUGAUGUAGCAGAUAUUGAACCUUUCCACAUACAUGGAGACGCAUAUUUAGCAGUCGCUAAUUAUAGGAGAGGGAAGGACAACUUUCAAGUGGAUUCAGAGAUCCUGAAGUACGAUUUGGAUCGAAAUGUUUGGCUCUCUCAUCAGAAAAUCCGGACGUACGGUGCCUCUGACUGGGAAUUUUUUUCUUUAGGACCCGGCUUGGGUCAAGAAUUCUUCCUUGUAGUUGCCAAUAAAUAUCCUGAUAUCUCGGAAGCAAAAUCAGUAAUCUAUAAAUUUGUGAAUGACAAAUUUGUGCCUUUUCAAUGCUUGCCUACUUAUGGUGCAACAUCUGUCGCUGCUUUGACGAUUGAUUCAACCUUUUUGUUGGCAGUUGCCAACUUCAAUGACUUCGUCCAUUUGUAUCAGUACGAUGGUUGGCAAUUUGUAAAAAGUAUGCAGUAUUCUCAUGGAACGAUGUCUAAUGGUGUGAAGCAUCUGACUUUUCAUACAGUGAAGCAAAAUGGUGCCGAAGUGCCAGUUCUUGGUGUAAGUAAUCCCCACUACUUCCGAGGGUAUUCAGUGUACAAAAUACUCUUUAAGUAUGAAAACAAACUGCAAGCAUGGCACAAUAAAAGCACCGAAUGGUGUUUAAGAACUCUAGAACAUUUAGAAGCCUCCAGUACAGACACUGUAGCAGAUCUACUAAAUGGUAUUGUUCUUGUUGAUCAGACUUCACCUAUUGUUGUAAAUGGAAAUCUUAAUUUUAAAAACGGCCUUGGAGCUAGAACUCUAAAAACAUCGCAGAUUAAAGUAACAAACUCUCAAGAAGUUUUCGACAACAGUUUUCUGACGAAGUUGGAAGACCUUCAGAAAAGACUUCACGAAAUUAAGUUAAAAAUGCUGGAAUACGCUAAUAUCUUGGAAAAAGCUCUGUUGAUUGAAGGAAACCAAACUAUAUCAAGACACUUGGAAUUCCAGGAUGCUGUGUUUGAAUGCCAAAGACAAAGUUGUAAUUUUAAUAAUAUUACUACUAUGAUUCUUAAUGGAGAGGAUGUGGCUGAUUGGGAAAAUCAGCUAGUUUUUCUCAAUGGCGAGAAGCCUAUUACAGGUACUAUAUACGCCAAAGAAAUAAGAGCAACUGAUAUCACGGUACAUGGUUUCGUAGACGGAAUGGAUCCCCAACAUUUGGUAACUAAAUCUGGAAGUCAUGAAAUAACGGCGCAGAAAGAUUUUACGACUCUUCUGAAAGCCAAGGAUGUCGAAGUUAAUGGCUUAGUAGACGGUGUAAAGAUAUCGCCCUCUAAUGUGCUGUUAACCACUGGUCUCCAGAAUAUAACGGGCAACUUAAUAUUCCAUGAUAUUGACACCUCUUGGUUAGAAAUACCUGGUGCAGUUAACGGCAGAAGCUUGUCUCAUUUCUUAGAUGAUCUAAUACUUUCGGACAAACAUUAUACAGUUACAGGCGAAAAAAUAUUUAACGAUAUCGUUGUUAACGACUUAAAACUGACCCCUGGCUCUACAAUCAAUGGCGUGGAUUUUGUUGAUUUAUGGGCUCACACUUUAUGGAAAGAUGGCUAUCAGGAAAUAACAGCACCAAUGCAGUUCUCCACGGUGACUCUAAACAAGGACUUGUAUGCUCCUGCUGGAAUCAAUGGGAUUCUCAUUCCUGGACCCAGAGUAGUUGACAUCAAAUCGCCAGCAAAUGUCACUGCAACCCAUAAUUUCCUGACUUCUACGAGUAUCAACAGGCUUGAAGUAUUGCGUUCCAUAAAUGGCAUUGGUUUCGUCGAUCAGCCAGGUGAAGCUCGUCAGCUGGAUAUAAUGUUGAGGAGUGGUGACCAGAUGAUUACAGGUAGGAAAACUUUCCAUACUGUUCACUUGGAUGGCAACAGUCUCGUGGAUGGAAAAGUGGAUGGCGUAGAUUUAUCAGAGCUGAAGGAAACUUCACUACGACGAGAUGCCUCCAUUGUUUCGAAUCGUACUUGGACUUUUAAAAAUUUAGUCAUUAAAGGCCCACUUACAGUGCAUGGUAAAAUAGCCGAUAUUGACAUAAAUGACGUCUAUGAAAGAGCACUCAAACUUCACGAAUCUGAUGCAUCGCAAGUAAUAUUCAACGAUACUGUAUACAUUGAAGAGCUCGAAUGUCAGGAUAUCAAUGGUAUCAACGUGAAAGAGGAUUUGGUAUUGAUAAAUGAGCCUCAAAACGUGUCUGGAAAGAAAGUAUUUGAGACCAUCAUCUUGGAAGAAAAUAGCGUAGUUUUAGGUUUAAUAAACAACUUAAACAUAAGCUUCCUAACUGAUACUUUUCUUAAAAUUGGAAAUCAAGCCCUGCGGUCCAAGACUUUCACAGGCGACGUAAAAGUGAAGAACCUAACAGUCUUCGGUUCUAUUAAUGGUGUUCCUGUUGAUGACUUUGUUACACUCACUGGACCCCAGAUCAUUUCUAACGCUAGGAUGUUGUCUAAUGUCACUUUCAAUGAAAUCGAAGCUAAAAACAUUGAAAUAUACGGAAAUGUUAAUAGUAUCAACUUGGAUGAAAUGAUGGAAGAUACCCUGACUUACGAAGGAUACCAGGAAAUUAAAGGGAAGAAGAGUGUGAAAGGUACUAUUCAUGUUCCUGACGGCCAUGACUUGAAAAGCCGUUAUGUGAAUGGAGUUGAUUUUAGUGAAUUAUGGAACGAUGCUGUAUGGUUGGAUACUCCUGAAACUAUAUCGGGGAUUAAGACAUUCGCCAAUAAUGUCAUUUUUGGCAGCUUAAUUUUCAAAUCGACUAUCGAUGGUGUUACUGAAUGGGAUAUGAAACAUAAAUGGAUGUUGAAAAAUGUUGCUCAAGUUAUUGAGGGUAAUGCAACUUUUGUUAACGGCCUCUCGGUGCAGAAUCUGGAAGUUACCGGCCUCUUGAAUAACAUAAAUGUGACGCAUUUGAAUAAUACAAUAGUGAAAACUAAUGAACCCGCCGUUAUAGAAGGCCCUGUAAUAUUUGAAGGCACUUUGAUUUCAAACGAGGCCAUAACUUUGUCAGGAAAGGUACAAGGUUAUGACCUGUCCGAGGAAGCCAUACUGAAGUCGGGAAAUUUAUUAAUAGCAGGAGAGAAGACCUUCUUGAAUGACCUGGUGAUUGAAGGAGACGUCACUGUUGAUGGUUUAGUUGACGGAAUCUCUAUUUCUGAUAUCUGCGAGAAGACUUUGCUUCUAAGCAAAGAGCAGAAUAUAACACAUUUAACUAUUAAAGGAGAAGUUACGCUUCUUGGAGGUGGAACUAUUGACGGGAAUCUAGCAGGUGUGAACUUAGCGAAACUCCAGGACAUUGUCAUUACUGGAGAUUCUGGAAUAAACAUCACAGGAAGGAAGACAUUCCAGGACCUUACGAUAGAUGGUAUUGUUGAAAUUAAAGGAAAAUUCGGAGGAAUAGACUUGCAAUUAUUAAAUCAAACAUACAUGAGUCUUACUCGCGAUCAAGAAAUUUCUGGGCAAGUGGAAUUUGAAGAAUUAGUGGUGGAAGGCAAAUUAACUGCAAAAAACUUCAAUACUCGUACCAAUAAAGUUAAUGACAUCGAUAUUAAGCAGAUGAGCGAAAGGCUGCUGAUGAAAAAUGGAACUCAAAUAGUGAAUACCACUUACCAUUUUGAUGAAAUAAUUUUCGACAAUGAUGUACUUGUAGCAGGAAGAGUGAAUGGUUUAAAAAUUCCCGAUGACCUGAUGCUUUACAAUCGAACAAACUAUAUACAAAGCCCAAAAAUAUUCGAAAAAACUGUCAGUGUUCUUGGCGAUCUCACGAUUGAAGAUGGAAAGCUUAUUCAAGGGAUUGACAUAUCAGAGUGGCAUAAAAAGUCUGUAUUGAAAGAUGGAGGAACAUUUAUAAUCGACGGUUAUAAAACUUUCCAUAAUCUCUCUAUUACCGACGCAAGAGUGGAUGGAACCAUCAACGGAAUCAGCAUAGCUGAAGACAAAGUUUUAAUGGUAUAUGGUAAUCAAGUAAUAACUGGAAAGAAGACCGUUCGAGGAAAUGUUGAAAUAAAGGGAUCUCUUAACAUCAAUGGCCUGAUUAACGGAGUCGAUUUAGAUUAUCUAUCCAGAAAAACUCUUCAGCGCAACCGUAACAACUCGGUCAGUGGUUUAAAAUAUUUCAAGAAGCCACUAACGGUAACAUUCCUUGAGGCCCCAACAGUCGCUGGUAUAGAUGUUACUGCCUUAGAGAGGAAAGUGAAUGCAGAUUUCAAUUUUUCUUCAUUACAGAAUAAACUGAUAGAGCUUGAAGAAAUUACAACGGGUAUGCAAGAUGCAUUUUCAAAGCAAGCUGUAAUAUUUCAAUACUACGAACUGUUUCAAGAAUUUGAUAUACCCACAGCUUAUAGUUGGCUGCAUGUGUUUGGAGAGGAUUGCGGCGAACUGCUGUUGCUUUCAGAUAAUUCAAGCUCGAUGUCGCAUUGCUCAAGUAUAAGACUCUUUAACUAUGAUAAAAUUAGAGACGAGUUCAUAGUUCACCCACAGGAGCUCACAACUUCAUAUGCGGUCUCUGUUAAAAGCCUGCUUAUUCAUGGAAGAACCCACCUUUUCGUAGCUAACCAAAAUCCGACAAAAUUUUGCGAAAGCCCUAUUGGAUCUGGCAGCGAUAAUGCAAGUGGAGACAUCUAUUUAUGGACUAAUGCUACAUUCUUAAAAAUCCAAACCAUAGAACUAACUUCAGUAAUCAACAUGAUGGCAUUUACUGAUGGAAGUUUGGCAUGUGUUAUAUACAUGGAGUUUCAAGAUGUAAAAGUAUAUUGUUCCCAUAAUGGCGAACAAUUUGCUUUCACAGAAAUUCUGCACACUAAAGGUGGACGAAAGGCCUCAAUCAUACAGUCGGAUGGUCAAACAAUACUAGCUAUUGCCACCGAAGACGUUCUGAACUUAAGAUCGAGGUCAUUUGAAGAAAAAAAACCAGUGGAUAUUUAUUUCUGGAAUCCAGUCGAGUCCCGAUUUUCAAAUCCAUCUCAAACCAUUCUGUCAACUUACGCCCAGUCGGUUAUGCUGAUGAGCCACCAUGAUAUGCUUUCUUCGCACAUUUUCUUGGUGAUAGCAGAAGGUAGAAUACCGAAGAUAUACAACGAACCAAAACUUCUGAUCUAUAGGUAUGAAGCAUCAAUAGACAAGCAGUUCCACAAAUAUCAGGAAAUAAAAGAUUACGGUGAUCUCGAGUGGAUAGUUUUGGAAACGGGAGAACUACUUUUCUUCGCUUUAGACUCUCAAAUGGGCGAAAUAAAGCUUUAUCAGUACAAAGGUGCAUCGGGAUUUGUCAAAGUGGAUAAGAUUACCAGUAUUGGAACUGUUAAUAUCCAUGCUUUCAUCAGACAUGAAGAUCCAAGCGAUAGUAUGAACCAUUACCUUGCUCUUGCUGGUCCACGAGCUCUAAUGGCGCAGCCAUCGCAAGGAAUUGAUUAUGCUAAAAUUCUGAAGUCUAAAUUCAAGUGAAAACAGCUGCCUGUUAACCGUGACUUUAUUUUUAAACUUUUUAAACUUCUCUUUAAAUCUUGUAAACUUCAGAAAUUGUACGACUGGAUUUUAUUUGAAUACCUAUAUAUAUACAGUUAAAAUUGUUAAUUUUAUUAACGUUUUCCAAUAAAUAAAUCUAAUAAUGCUGAGCUUUA